AUGUCAGAUAUCUAUCCAUUUUAUAAACCUGAUGAAGAUAAUAUUAUAUUCAAUCCAAAUGUAAAUAAAAAAGAAGGAUUUCAAGCAAUUAAAUCAUGUACAUUAGCAAAAUUGAUUGAAAAAUUAACAUCAACAAAACAACUACACACAUAUUUUUCUUCAGCAUUUUUCUUAACUUAUAGAGAUUUUACAACACCACUAGAAAUUAUAAAUUUAUUGGUACAAAGAUAUACAGGCCCACCUCCAGAUUCAAGUAAAGAUCAUCUUAGGUUAUUUGAAAUCGAAGUUGAUAUAGUACAGUCAAAUGUUUUAAAUCUUUUUAGACAACUUAUUGGGACAUUAAUACAUUCAGAUUAUGAAAAUCAAAAAGUUUCAAGUUCAAUAAUAGAGUUUUUUAAUUCUUUAGAGGAAAAUACCAAAAAUGAACUUUUUUUAAUAUAUUUUAAAUCGAAAAAACUUGCAAGACCUCCAGGUACAAUUCCAAAAGCAACAAACCAACAAAUUUCUUCAGCAGCCUCAACUAUGAGAUUUUCUUUUUCAGUUAGUCCAAAAACAAUAUCACCAAACUCUACAAAUAAUGUUUUAACAGGUUUAUUAUCAACAGCAUCAACAAUAACAAAUGGUAAUAAUAGCAAUAGUAGUAAUGGUAAUAGUGGUAAUAUACCUUCUGCAUCAUCGUCACAAUCACAGCAACAAUUACAACAACAAAUUAAUAAUUUAUCAUCACCAAAUUUUGAUCAACAAAGAUCAUCAAUUAAAAUGGGUAAAGGUAUUAUGAAGUUAUUACAAUCAGCAAAUGGGGGCGCAGGUUUAAAUGGAACAUAUAAAGAAUCGAAUACAAGUCCACAAAGUUCACCAUCAUCAACUAUGACAAGUGGUAGUACAAGUGCAUUAAUGAAUCAAAUGAAUGCAAUUUCAUCAGAAAAUAAUCCUAAUGGUAGUAGUGGUGAGAUACCAUCAACACCUCCUUCUUCAGGUGCAGAAAAAACAGCAUUCUUCCCUGAAGCUAUUGCAAGAGAAUUAACAAUUAUGGAAUUUGAAUUGAUAACGGCAUUAAAUGUUAGUGAUAUUACAAGCAAGAAUUGGAAUAGUUCAGUAAAUAUUCAAAAUUUAACUACAUGGUUCAAUAGAAUUAGUUCAUGGGUGUCAACUAAAAUUAUUUCAAAAGAAACACCAGAAGAAAGAGCCAUUAUUAUCGAAGCAUUUAUAAAUAUUGCAAGUUUUGCAAAAGAUAUAAAGAAUUAUAAUUGUGUUAUGGAAAUUUUAGGAAGUUUACAUAGUUCAUCCAUUAGUAGAUUAAAAAACAGUUGGAGUUUAAUACCACAAAAAGCAAAUGAAAUGUUUCAAGUCUUAAAUAAUUUAAUGAGCACUGACGGUAAUUUUAGGAAUUAUAGAAAACAAUUAACUACAGUGGCAGCUUCAGAACCAUGUAUACCAUAUUUAGGUUUAUUUUUAACAGAUUAUACAUAUUUAGACGAAUCAAAUCCAGCAUCAGUAUCGAAUAGUAAAAUGAUAAAUAUUGAUAGAAUACUUUUAAUUAGUUCGCGUGUACAAGAGUUUUUCCAAUUAUUUACCAAUUGUAGUUAUAAUUUCCAAUCGAAUCAAGGUGUUAGAGAAGCUAUUUUAGGCGAGAAAGUAUGGGAUGAAAAUGAAAUUUUUCGUCUUUCAAAGAUUAGAGAAGAAAGCGCAAAUUCACCUUCUCAAUCUAAAGAAACCAAUGGUAUUGGGAAUAGUAAUAGUACAAGUAGUAAUUCAUUAUUAUCAUCUACUUCAGCUACUGUUAGAAAAAAGAAUUUUGUAACCAAAUAUAGAAUGUCAUUUACUGGAAACGAUCCACUACCAUUUAUUUCAUCUUCAUUAACCGAGAGAGAAUGGAAAAUUUUAACAACCAAUGCUAAAACUCUAUCGUUUACUCGUAACAAAACAAUUUUAUCAAUCGGCGAAACAAAUACCAAUCUUUAUAGAGUUAUCUCUGGUAGAGUUAAAAUUGAAAGUCUCAGAUCCUACAAUGACCCAGAUGUUGAUGAAACUUCAAUUUUAGCAAUCAAAGCAAAAAAUAGACUCUCUUUAAAUUUACCACCAAUCGAUGAAGGUUAUUAUAUUGAAGAGGGUGAAAUCUUUGGUCAAGAAUCUUUCCUAUAUACCGAUAGACCAAUUUUAAACAAUAUUAUUGUAGAUUCAGACGAAUGCGAACUAAUGGAAAUCGAAAAAUCAUUUGUACUUCAUUUAUUCACAAGUGAACAUAUUUUAGCAGCUACUUUUUAUAAACAUAUUGCAACAGUUAUGGCCGAGCGUUUAAAAACAAUCUAUACAAAUUUCACAAGCAAUGCAGGUAAUGGUAAUAGUGGUGGUAGUGGUGGCAGCACUAAGGAUGGACCAAGUAGCGGUGGAACUUUAAGUGCUAGUGUUAGCAUUGGUAAUUUAAACUCACCAUCAAUCAACAAAAUCGAUUUCAGAAGAAGAUCAACUAUUGUAGAAACUCCCUCAUCCUUGGAUUUAUUACGUGAUGGAAAUGAUAACUCUGUUAGAACUAAAUUUGGUCUUUCUCAAGAUGAGGUUAUUAUCAAGCGUUAUCAAUGUAAACAUAAGAAUAUGAAUGGUACUCUUUAUAUUACCAAGCACAAUAUCUGUUUUGAGGGCAAAUUUUUAGGUAUGAACAAGAACAAAACUUUUGCAUUUGACCACACCAUCAAUAUUUUAUGUGAUAAAAAUACUCUUUGUGUUGUUUAUAAAAAUCCAAGUGGUAAUAUCGAAAAGAAUAAAAAGUUUGUUUUCAAGUCUCAAGAUGAUUUAAGCGAAUCAAUACCCAUUGCACAUCAAAUUUGGUCCAAUCAUAGAGGCGGUCCUAAAUUAUAUGCACCAUCAGUCGCAGCUUCAUCAACUCCACCCAAAGCAAAUACAGUUGGUCGUGCCGAGUCAUUUAGUAACAUUAAAGACUUACCAUCAAAAGAAGAGUGGAAUCAAAUUCUUAAAGGUACAAAACCUGUCAUUUAUAAAAAGGGAGACAUUUUAAUUUGUGAAGGUGUAGAAUAUCAAAAGAUUUUUCAAAUUGUUAAAGGUGAAUGCUCUGUAGUUAAAAGUUUAUUACCAAUAUUCAAUACAACACCAGUUACAUCGACUUCUACAACAAAUCCUUUAGCAUAUUCAACAACCUCAAGUGCCAACACAUCUACAGGUUCAUUACUAAAUAGUUUAUCAAAUAGUAAUAGUAGUAGCACCAGCAAUACCAAUACUAGCAAUACAUCACCACAGUCUUUAGUUGAUCCUAGAAAUUCAGUUGUCAUUUCAAAAUUAACAGGUGGAGGUAUUUUUGGUGAAAUGUCAUUUCUUUUACCUGGUGGUAGUGCAACAUCUUUAGUGGUAACUAGUGACGAAGUUGAGGUCUAUAUCAUCGAAAGUUACUUUUUACAUAUUAUGUUAAAAUCAAAACAUAGUUUAGCCCCAAAGUUCUAUAAAUAUUUAGCUUGUGUUUUAGAAUCAAGAGUUAGAAAUUUAUUAUAA